GAUACCACGGGAAACCAUGGAGCACCCGGUGGAACCUUUCAAUUCAGUUUCUUUGAACAUAUUAAAUAUUGUAUUUUAUCAUAAAAGAUUAACAUCAAUAAGGCGAGUUUAACAAGCUCCCGCUCAUGGUCUAAGAAGAUGCCUCCUAGCAACGAUCGUACUGUGCCUAUAUAAUUGAAGGUUCCAGGGCUGAUCCCAGCCACUGUCUUGUUAAGGAGUUGGAAUUUUAACUCUUUUCUAAAUAAAAGUAGAUAAAAUAUGGCGCAAGAACUGGACAUGGGAAACCGUGACCCAAAUGAUAUUAACGAUCAUUUGAAGGUCCAGUUUGAGGAUGUCCUGGGAGAGCCGGAGGGCGCACACGCCAUCAACUGCGUGUGGAGCCUCUCCUACAAGUGCUUCGAGUGUGGAAAGGGACUUUGUUACAAGUUUCUCACCACUCUGUGCGGGAUAUGCAUCGCCCUCGGGUGGGGCUGCGACUUCGCAAUGAUCGCUUUCAUGCACGUGUGGAUAUACACACCGGCCAUGCGUGAUUUCAGCAUCUGCAUCGGAUGUGUGAGGAAGGUUUUCCAAACCCUCAUCGACUGCUGCUGCUUACCCAUCUGUGAGGCUUGCGGGGGCUGUCUUAGCAGGAUUAAAAUCUCAAAGAGCUAACUGUAUCUACAGGGUAUUAUGUUAACAAUAAUGCCAAGGACGAUACGUUUGAUCACCAUACAGGCGUCGUUUAAGCGUUUAUUUCAUAGGAACUAUCUCUUCACACGUUUGCGGAAUGCCUCAAUAUCUAUCGACUAUUAUCGAAGUAGAGUAAAAUGGUGAUAUUUUUUUAAGAAUCCCUAUCAUUAGAGCGCUGAAAAAAAACAAUAAUGUGACGAAUUUGUACAUCAGUUACAUAUUCUUUUCAAACGUGUGACGAAUUCGCUUCUGUGAAUUUAUACUUGCUAAUUUUUCAAUAAAUAAGAAAAAACGUUUAGAACAAUUACUUAAAAGUUAAUCGAAAUAGCUUUACAUUUGCGAAAGACGUUUCAACCAAUACAUUAUAUAGAUCGGUGGAUUUUUACAUUGACUUUGUUAAAACAGUGGAAACUAUUAAGUCGACGUAUUGUGUUUAUAUGCUCACACUUCACUCAGGCUUCGGGUCAUCUCGCUACACAAGGUUUAUAUCAUUGAUAAUCCAAUCCAAUCAAAUAAACGGUUCCAAUGGGAUAUGACUUCUGGCUGCCAGAACCUCGUAAUUACGGGAAAGCCUUAUAUAAUAUUUAUAGGCACUGUUGCUGGGAAUUGUGAUAUGUACAGAUACUAUAUAAUUAUGUUUCGGUAGUUGUGUGUAUUGAUUUUUUUUUUCUG